UUUCAACCUAAAACAAUGGAAUCUAACUUGUCAAUAUAUACAACUCUCCUGACUAUGGAAUCCUUGAACUUAUUGCCGUCUGAUGUUUUCCCAGCAUUCAUUUUUGGAACUCUCACAUACUGCGCUAUUCUUUUAUUUAACAUGACUGUGCUGCUAACUAUUGCUUUGAACAGGAAACUCCACAAGCCGAUGUAUAUUCUGUUGUUUAACCUGCCGAUCAAUGAUAUAAUUGGCGCCACGUCCUUUUUUCCUCAGCUUGUUUCCAGUAUAUUGUCCAAUAACAGGUCGAUCACCUACUCUGCCUGUUUUGUGGAGGCGUUAUUAACACACCUGUAUGGAGCCGGGUCACUGCUCAUUCUCACUGCUAUGGCGUACGACCGAUAUAUUGCCAUUUGUUGUCCACUGAAAUAUAACACCCUCAUGUCUUCAAAUAACCUGCUGAAAAUAGUAGUGAGCAUAUGGACCUUAGAUAUAACUAUCAUUGGGUUACUGCUAGCACUUUCCUUUCGCAGGGAAAUCUGUUUCACUAAUGUAGUGGAUAUGUACUGUAAUAAUCCCUCUUUAGUGAGGCUCAUAUGUGGAGAUACGCAGUUUAAUAACAUUUAUGGUCUGUUUACAAUAGCUUUAUUCCAAGGACUGUCCCUACUGAUAGUAUUGUUCACAUACGUCCAAAUCUUAAUCACUGUUGUUGCUAAAAGGCAAACUGAUGCUAAAAGUAAAGCCAUUCAGACCUGUGGUACUCAUCUUAUUGUUUUCUUGUGUUUGGAAUUUAAUGCAUUCUUUGCUUUAGUUGCUCACAGGUUUCAAAGUGUUUCUCCUUAUCUAAGAAGAGCUUUCGGAGUUUCAGUGAUGGUAUUUCCUCCUUUUCUGAAUCCGCUCAUAUACGGGCUGAAAACACAGGAAAUACGGAAAAACAUAUUCGCCUUCUAUAAAAAGAGGAAGGUAUUCGUGAAAUAAUAUGUAUCAAUUAGUGUGAUUUUUAUGACUUUUUUCUGAUUUCUGUAACUUUUAUCAACCCAAUUACAGUACGUAUAAAGGAUAUACAAGGUUUUUCAUUUACAGGACAUUUUUUGUUGGAAUUUGAAACAGUUUCUUCACUGUUUUACAUUUUUUUUUCUUUAUUUUUGUUGUUGUUCUUGUUCUUGUUAUUAAAUAUGAUGUAUUUUAAAGAAAUGUCUCUCGUUUUUUUUUUUCAUUCUAAAAUAAUUGUGAAGAAAAAAGUUUGAGGAACGAGUUUUGUAUUACCUGCUGUUUUGUUUAUAACUAUA